AUGGCGGAUCCUGUCGGUUUCACAGCAAGCGUCAUUGGUAUUGCCACACUAGCGGUACAACUUGGGGAUGCCCUGAGGAAAGCAGCUGAAUUCUGGGAAGCUGUUCAGGAUGCUCCUUCAGACAUUCGCCGCUUGUCUAAACAGCUUCGACUUGUGGCUAGCGUCUUUCAUACAAUUCGACUUGAAUAUGAAGCUGGUAGCAUACCUACAAAUUUCGAAAGCAUGGUCAAUGACGCUCUGGAGUUAGCAAAAGACGAUAUUGAUCAACUCUCAGAGUUUAUCUCGGUUUUGUCGCGAAAGUUAUCCGUUGCCAAUGGGAGUCUCGGUAGGCAAUGGAGAAAAGUUCAGAUGGUCUUGAAAGCGAGCAAGAUAGAAAGGUUUAGGGAUAACCUUGAAAGCGUCAAGACCACUAUGGCCCUACUUCAGGGAAGCAGACAACAAGCAUCCUUGAUUCGAGUCAGCAGUAGGCUCGAUGUCCUAAGUACGAAUAUCAGCUCUAUAGCUACUACAAUAAACUCGACACACCACAUUGCGCUUCAAACAUCACAAGAAAUGACACAGAGUCAAUCAUUUCCCUCAGGUGGAUGGAAAAGUACUGCUGGUAGCGUUUCUAAGUCUUUUAAUCAAUACAAGACGAAUUUCUUACUAGGCACUCUCAAUUUCCGAACUAUUUCUACCACUCACCGAUAUAACGAUGACGAUGGGACAGACGAUGCCGACAAUUCGACAACCACCAAGACUUUCCUGGUUGAACUUUUAAUGGGAUUUACGACAUGUCGAAAAGGGUUCAGAUUCACGACGACAAGCACUUUUGAUCAUUUAACACUUGAUGUUGUUCGGCGUCGACCAAAUAAUUCCGAAAUCUUUCGACUAUGUGAACACGGCAACACUCAAGGUGUGAAAAGAUUACUAGAUCGCGGUGAAGCAUCUGUUCAUGAUGUCGACGAGGACGGAGAGUCUCUUUUACAUAUAGCCCUCUGGCGUGACAACUCGCAGCUUUGCACAAUGCUUCUUGAUCUCGGGGCUGAUGUACACUGGGAGGUUGAUGAUGGCGAUCCCCCUAUAUCGGUGGCAUCAGCAUUGACUUCUUUUGCUGCUAUAGUUGAAGCUGGAUUUGAGUUAUGGCCGUUCUUUGUAUCGCGAUCAGGUGGGCCUUUUUACCGAAAAUUAAGUAUUUCCGUAUGGCGUUAUAUAUUCCAGCAUAAACCAGCUCAACCAAUCGGAAAUGAUCCGGCUUCAAUGUUACCACGGGUUAUCGUAGAAGCAGAAGAUGCCGAAGUUGUCGACUUUUCAGUUGCCAGGGUUGCGGAAGACUUAUUCCAACUCGGGACUUUCGAUUCAUUUCAUUCCGGGAAUAUUGCGCAACGAAUGAUAUCCGAUCUUGUAGGCACAUGGCUCGUAUCAUUGUCCCAUCAUUGGUUUUUUGGAAAAGAAAAAUUUGAAGUGAUCUUAUUCGAGUACAAGAUUGCCCUUAUCUUGAAGCAAAUACUAAAACCCUUGUAUUUACGCGAAUCAAAUGGAGAGCACCUCCCGCGUACUAUCACUGACAUAUACAUAGAGGGAGUUGUAGAGAUCAUAAAAGCAUGCCUUUGGAGCGUGGGUAUUACCAAUGCUGUGUUUCGAAUAUGGUCGAAACCCUUCUUUGAGUUAGGAAUUGAUCUUUUUCCUCAUCAUCCACGUACCGAGAGUGACGGUCAAGAGAACAGCGACGAGGGUGGUAGCGAUGAAAAGAACAUUCCAAAAAGGCAUUUGAAAGGCCACAUCAUCCAUUGUUGUAAGGGCAUAAAUUAUUCGGUUGUUCAUGAGCAUCAGCAAGACAAUCUUUCGAUUGAAAUAGAUGUUACAACUUUACCGGAGUACUCACAUCUUGAUCCCCUGUUCUUAUGUGAAGCUGGUCGGCCACGUUGCGAUCGAACUGGUGUGGGUAGAUGCCUCUCACAAGUCGAUGAAGCUUUCGUCGAAAACGGAAAGUUCUCCAAGAAUAUGCCUGGGCAAUGGGAAGAGCCACUGGUUCCAAAUACGACAAUGAGGCUCCUUCAACAUUCGAUAUCUUUUGAGCCCCCUCAGAUUUGUUAUAGCAUGGUUCAAGAACUAGACGAGGCUUGGUGUACAUUUGUUACCGAGGCAGACAUCCAACGAAUUGAACAAGAUUUGCGAAAUGGCACUUUGUAUGGCUUAAGCGAGGAUACACCCAAAAACCCCGGGGAAGAGUGA